AUGGAGCGCACCAGAUGGCUAGAUGGCCUACGAGGCAUAGCAGCUGCCAUCGUGGCCUUCGACCACUUCUUUAUGAGCGAAGUCUGGCACCCGUUCGUCUCCUUUUGGACCGAUCCACCCGAGGGAAAUAGACACCUGGUCCAACUACCUCCUGUCCGAAUUUUGUUCUCAGCUCAUGGCAUGGUGACCCUUUUCAUGGUGAUUUCAGGCUAUGCCAUUUCAAUCAGCCUUUUGAAAGAUCAGAACAGCACCCAUUUCUUGCCACGGGUGUCAUCUGCUAUCGUAAGGAGGGUUUUCCGGAUUUAUCUCCCUGUUCUAGUAACGGCGAGUCUAGCGCAGGUUCUCUUCUUCUUCGAUCUGUUCCAUUGGCAAUUUGACGAGGGCCUUUUGAAUGAUCUUCCUAAACCAUGGACGGCCCCGUGGUCUCAUGUUAAAUGGUUGCUCAAUUUCAUGGCCGAUAGUAUGAAUGUCAUUGCUUUUGAGUAUCGUGGUAGCCUGAACGGGCAGCUUUGGACUAUGCCGCUUGAAUUCAGGGGGUCCAAUGUCGUCUACCUACUCAUCGUUGGUCUUUCGGCAUGGCGCAUGAGCUCAAGGCUCUACAUUCUGCCCAUAAUCGCAAGUUUCUAUCUCUGGUACGGCAAUUGGGAUAUUUUCGGCUUCAUAUGGGGUCUUUGGCUGGCACAGAAAGCGUACGCUGCCUCUUUGGCCUUGAACGAGGACCUCAAUACCGAAUUCGAGAUGGCAGAGUUUGAAGAAAGCGAUAGCCGCCUCUUCACCUUGCCUUCCUGGAGCAUUCUAAGCUCGUGCGGUGGUAAACACCGAUACGUCGGCCUCAACCCGAGAAAAUGCACCAUAUUUUCGCGCAUAGGAAUCGCACUCACCUUUGUUGCGGGCUAUUAUCUUCUGUGCCUUGGAAAUGACGGUCACUUACCACCAGGAUACCAAUUUUUAUCCAUUCUCCAGCCCUCGCGCUGGAAGGAUAAUUGGAACAUAUAUCACUUUUGCUGGAAAUCAGUCGGGUCAGCUAUGUUGGUCUAUGCGAUUGGAGAGUUCCCAUGUAUGCAACGACCGCUCAACACGCGGCCAGUUCAGUAUCUGGGCAAGAUCUCGUUCGCGUUGUAUCUGCUCCAUGAGACAAUUUAUCAGCUAUGGAGAGAUCCAUUGCUACAUCUUAUUUAUUCGAUGCUGGCUGGGAGGCAGUAUGGUAGUAGUGGGGAGGCAUUGGGCGCGGAUCCGUUUUCGUUUCAUCUUGCUUGGUGGAUUACGGGGAUCGCGUUAGGUGGUGUUGCUGUUUGUGCGGCGCAUUACUACACAAUCUACGUGGACAAUAGAUGUGUGGAGUUUGCUAAGAGGGUAGACCGGUGGUUUAUUUCUUGA